GGAAGGCCCGCCCCUUUCGCGGCAGCUUCGUCCCCCUCGGUUCCGCCACGCCUGCUUUUCCCGAGCCGCGAGGCUGCCGCUCUCUCCCCUUCAGUACUUGGAACUUCCCAAGGCACUUCCCGCCGUGCCUGUGCGACCCCGCCCUGCCCCACGCGCGGGCUCGCGCUCCGGUUCCCGCCCGGCCUCCGGUCCGCGGCACCUGGCCCUCUCCUUCCCGGGCCCGCAGCCCGCGGCGCCAGCACUAUGCUCUUCUACUCCUUUUUCAAGUCCCUUGUGGGCAAGGACGUGGUGGUGGAACUCAAGAAUGACCUGAGCAUCUGUGGAACCCUCCAUUCUGUGGAUCAGUAUCUCAACAUCAAACUAACUGACAUCAGUGUCACAGACCCUGAGAAAUAUCCUCACAUGUUAUCAGUGAAGAACUGCUUCAUCCGGGGUUCAGUGGUCCGCUAUGUGCAGUUGCCAGCAGAUGAGGUUGACACACAGUUGCUACAGGAUGCGGCAAGGAAAGAAGCCCUGCAGCAGAAACAGUGAUGGCAGCUCUCCUCUUCCCCUCCCUCUUCCGUUGGUGACCCAUAACCUCAUUCCCAGCUCGGGACUCCUCCCCCCAAUACUCGAGGUGGUUUUUUAAAAUAGUGAUGGCUCUUUUUUUCCCCCCAAAGGAUGAGUGGAUGAGAGGAAUAAUAGUGGGGAGCAGCUAUCCUCUGUUGAGAAGAGGAGGAUGAGUAAGCUGGGGAACUGAAAAGCUUUCCCGUCCCCAGCGCUUGCCUUUCUCACUCCUUUCUGGAGAUAUGGUGGGAGAUUUCCUAGGUCGUUCCAGGGCAGCAUGGGAUUCAUUUUGGGGAUGGAAGGAAUCUGUCCCGCAUCGGGAAUAAAAUUUAU